UCCUUGUGGAAGUGGUUGAUCUGGAUAAGAACUAGUCUGUUGAUUCAUAUGGAAAUAGUCCCACAGGGUUGCAUGUAGAGCUUUUCUUAGGCACAGUGGCAUGGACCUGCUGACGUCAUUGUUGAUUGGGAAGUGAAAGAUUGAUUGUAGCUUGGGCCCAUUCAGCUUUGUUAGGGAGGAAAGCUGUCUGAUACUGCCUCUGGCUAGUUUUGUUAGUUGAAAUGCAUGAGUUAAUGAAACCUAUGGGUGCUAUUACUGACACAUUAGUACAGUAGUUUUCGAUUUUAAAGCAUUGUUAUAACAAACCUACACAAGUCCUUUCUGCUACCUAUCACACGCACUGAUGCUGACUAGCCAUUCAGUGGAAAGGUCAUGGAUAGGGAAGACAUACUAUGAUGUUGGCCUUCCUACAUUAGUGUGUUGCUUGUUGACAUACAGUAUAUCACUGGAUAUUUCUAAUGAGUAAAUUAGGAGAUGCUUUGUAAUGGGAUGCUACUAAAUGUGUAGUUAUGCCUCUGAAUCUGAGCAUAGACCAAUUUUUUAUCUCCUGAUGCAUCCUGAAGCAAGCAGGGCCUCAUUGCCCUUGUGAAAUAACAGCUUCAACACCAUGCUCAUUAAAGCACAUGACUCAGUUGACCUAAAGAAGGCUAGCAAAGCCUAAAUGUGUGAAAAUUCUGAGGUAAAAAGAAACUCCUGAGGAAAAUACUCAGUGUUUGAAAUGUAAUCUAAAAAUAUAUAGAGGUGUAUUAUGAAGUGUAAUAUGGGGGGGCUGAAGCUGAAUGGCUGAGGCUGGGUUAUGAGGGAGUGGCUUCAGAGCUCCACAGGAGUGCAGUAAGUGCAGGAGCCAUCUGGUUGAACUGCUCUUCUCUCGCUCGCUCGCUCACGCGCUCUCUCCCAUCCCCAGCUGUGUGCUGGAUGUGCACAUCGGUCAGACUGAUAUUACUGGAAGGAAAUGCAACAGGAGGCCUAAGGAUCUAGCCAACUGGAUUUUAGAUAUGAAAAGACUGGAAAAUGUUACACCUGAGGACAUGUGAUCCAGGGAUCUGUUUACAAUAAGAAAGACAAGGAGCUUUUGGAGAGUUCCCUUAUUUCAAGAGUUGUGUAUUAAGAGGAGGUCUGCAUGAUGAACAUUGAGAAUCCUGGUGGUUUUCACAGGAUCGGGAAGCAUCUGGACAUGGAUCAGAAGGUCGGCAAGCUCACUUUCGGCUUUCAGAGAAGCUCUACCUCAGACGAUGAUUCAGGAUGUGCUUUGGAGGAGUAUGCCUGGGUUCCACCUGGACUAAGACCAGAACAGGUCCAGCUGUACUUCUCAUGUUUGCCAGAGGAUAAGGUUCCCUAUGUUAACAGCCCAGGAGAGAAAUACCGCAUCAAACAACUCUUGUAUCAACUGCCUCCCCAUGACAAUGAGGUGCGCUACUGUCAGUCCCUUGGCGAGGAAGAAAAGAAGGAGCUACACAUGUUUAGUGUGCAGAGAAAAAAGGAGGCACUGGGGCGCGGAACUCUAAAGUUACUGCCUAGGGCUAUGCUUCAUGCGAUCUGUGAACAUUGUGGGGAGAACAUUGGUGGAGGAGAGAUGGCAGUGUUCGCCUCAAGAGCAGGGCCUGAACUGUGUUGGCACCCAGCAUGUUUUGCAUGCUCAACAUGUAAUGAGCUUCUAGUGGAUCUCAUUUAUUUCUAUCAUGAGGGGAAGAUUCACUGCGGGAGACAUCAUGCCGAAUUGCUAAAGCCUCGCUGUUCAGCCUGUGAUGAGAUCAUCUUCGACGAUGAGUGCACAGAGGCCGAGGGCCGUCACUGGCACAUGAAGCACUUUUCCUGCUUUGAAUGUGAAAUCAUUUUGGGUGGUCAGCGGUACAUCAUGAAAGAUGGUCGGCCCUACUGUUGUGGGUGCUUCGAGUCCCUGUAUGCUGAAUACUGUGAGGCCUGUGGAGAACACAUUGGGGUUGACCAUGCUCAGAUGACAUAUGAUGGUCUCCAUUGGCAUGCCACAGAUGAGUGCUUCAGCUGUGCCCAGUGUAAAACCUCCUUGCUUGGUUGCCCGUUCCUGCCGAGACAAGGCCGCAUCUAUUGUUCCAAAGCUUGUAGUCUUGGGGAGGAUGUCCAUGCCUCAGACUCGUCAGAUUCUGCCUUUCAGUCUGGCAGAUCUCGCGAAUCCCGUCGCAGUGUCAGAACAGGAAAGAGCAGUCGUUCUGCAGACCAGUGUCGCCAGUCUCUGCUCUUCACACCUGCUGGAAAUUACAAGUUCCCUGGUUUGUCGGGCAAUGCGGAAGACACUUUGUCAAACAAGCUGUCCCAUUUGAACUUAACCGACGAUCAUUUCUGGAGGAACAGGGAGGAACAGGAAGUACCAGAGGACCAUGAAGAAUGGGCUGAGCAUGAAGAUUAUAUGACCCAGCUGCUUCUUAAGUUUGGAGAGCAUGGAAUCUUCCAGCAACCGGAGGACAACAGACCAACUGAUCCUUGGAUGACGGAAUCUGAGAUAAAAAAUAAGACGGAGUCAAAGAUUUCAGGCAGUGGUGGCAGUAGCAGUCUGGCCAGUAAAAAGUACAAGACAGACAUGUACUGGACACAUUCCCAAGAUGGACUGGGAGACUCUGCAUAUGGUAGUCACCCUGGACCUGCAAGCAGCAGGAAAAUCCAGGAGCUUGAUCUGGAACAUGGUGCCAACUUUAAACAUGAGGAAAAGCAGUGGUAUAAUGACUCACUGGAAUGCAUCACGGAUGGACUUAAACAGCAAGAGCAGAGUGUUCGAGACUCCAUGGACUCUCUAGCACUAUCUAAUAUCACAGGUGCGUCAGUGGAUGGGGAUUUUAAAGACAAGCAUAUUCCCUUUUCAUUACAAAACUUCAAGCUGGAGAAUCAGGAUUGCGAAAAAACAAGCAACAUGGGAACUCUCAACUCUUCAAUGCUGCACAGGAGUGCCAACUCCCUCAAGAGCCUUACGUCUGAGCUGGAGCAUGUAGAAGUGGUAGAGGAGGAAGAACCAGAAGAGGUGAUCCCCCUCCCAGAGGAACGACCCAUUCCUCCUGUUCUCCGGAGGUCCAGAUCUCAGUCAAGGCCUCAUCAGGUCAAGUUCUCAGAUGAUGUUGUGGACAAUGGGCACUACGAAGAUGUAGAGGUGCGACAACCUCCAAUGAGUGAACGCACGCGGAGAAGGGUGUACCAUUUUGAUGAACAGGACGAGCGACACCGUCGGCAUCAUCGUAACCACAGACGAAGGAGCCGAAAGUCUCGGUCAGACAACGCGCUGCACAUUGUACCCAAAGAACAAGCACGUAUGUGCUUCAGAGAGGACUAUCUCCAGCGUGGUCCUAUAACUGCAUCUCAGUAUGUACAGCACUCCCACGCGCAUGCGAACUCUGAUUACGGCUUGCAGAACCAGGCUGCUGAGAGAUUCUAUCGUCUUUAUGGAGACGAUGACGAUUGGUGCUCUACAUGCUCAUCUUCUUCCUCUGAAUCGGAGGAAGAAGGUUUCUUCUUGGGUCAACCGAUCCCACAACCCAGGCAGCCUAGGUAUCAGUAUUAUGCUGACAAACUCCCCAAUCAAGUAUCCCCACAUUAUGGCACAAGGAAAAAUUCCAAAAAGAAGCGAGGACAUAAGGGGAAAAAUUGUAUAAUUUCAUAGACUUUAUAGAUUCAAAACUAGUCACCAAUAUGUUGCAAUACAAUAGUUAGCUCCUGCAUUUUAUCUGCCUUCAUCCAAAGGCCAAAAUUGACCCUAGCUCAAAACAUUUCUGCAGUAUUUUUGAUGAACAAGACUGGCACAUUCUUGAAAAGACAUUGUUGUCUUGCAAUUCAGUAAUAUUCCAUGUAUUGUGCAAAAAAAAAAAAAAAAAAAAAAACCCCAAACCAAACUGCUCUGUUUAUUAAAUAACUGGUCACUUGGUCAUUGACACAAUGAAAGAUUAUAUUUAUAAAAGUACCAUAUAUAAUUGAGUGAAUAUUUAACUGUGCAAAUAUAAGUGUGUGUGUAUAUAUUGUAAAAAAAAAAACCCCAAAAAAACUGUCCUGAUUUAAAGCAGAUAUUUUUAUAUCCCUUAAUUUUUAACAAAGACAAAAGUACUAUGGUAGUUGACAUAGCAGUAGUUGACGUGAUUUGCAGCAGCUUCACUUUUGUUAAUUAGUUGUUGUUGUUUUUUUGUUUUUUUAUUUUAAAUAAAAAAUGUCACCAAAUGCAAUGCAGUUAGACCCUUGUUAUCUCAGGGUCACAUGUACACAUGCUUCUUUUUAUUAAAACAAACUAAUGAAAAAGACGUCCUACGUUCUGUUUUAUGUGGUGCGCCAUUGGUUUGAUUUUUUUUUAUGGGCCGUUGUAAAGAAAUCAGUGAAACACGAGCUUGGCAAUAAAAGCAAAUGCAAGUUUCUUUUACAUGCUACUCAUUUAGAAACAAAAACACAUUCUUAAAUGCAGAAUGUUUAUUACAAAUGUUUAUCAUAUGAAAUGUUUUAAAAUGCAAAAUCAUGAACUGGUCUGUGAAACAAAAACAAAAAAAUUAAUUUAAGUUUAAACAAGAUAAAAGAUUUUAGACACAUGAGGAAUGUUUAACAAAGGUACUUCCAUCACAGCUAUAUCCAUCAUUGUAAACUAUAUAUAGAAAUCUUUUUCAGAGUGCAAUAAUACAACGAAGGAAAACCAAACUAGUAAACUGUUGCAUAAAAACCCAGCACUAUUCAGCUUGACUAUUUGAAAGGAGGGUAAAGUUUUUUGUCCAAACUUGACCAGAUUAAUAUGUUUGGUCAGAUUUAAACUCUAUAUUCACCUCAGAUCUAAAAUGCCAGAAGUCGUCCAGACGUAACUUCUUAAUCUCAAUCAGGUUUUCUUUUAGUGCGGCAUGAAGCUGUCCUGCUUUUAGCAAUUAGCAUCUUAACAACAAGGCCAAAGGUCUCACAGUCCUGCCUAAAUAACUGAGAUUAAGAAGAGAGAUUAACAUUAGCUAUGUU